AAUAAAUUCACCGUGUAUUGAAUUCUGGCCAACUUCUCUUACGUUCACGUCAUCAUCUGCCCCACUACAAUGUAUUACAAGAACAACAUUUAAGGAGACAGUCAAUAUAAUAAGAAAUAAAACUGUUUCUGUGACCUCGAGAUGGUUUUAUCUUGGUUAUAGUCAUUCAGCUUCAGUAGCAAUAUACAUGUGUGAGAAUUAGCAAACAAGAGCAAGAAAACCCGUAACUAACGACAAAGUUGCAGGAAUUGUUGAAACAAGAAGAGUUAAAAGAGUGCAGUCUCGAAGGAUAGAAGACGAUUCUUCGUUCUGAGAGAAUCGCAGAAGACGUUUAGCUGGAAACUUCCUGAAGGCGCAGAAGCUGCGCAAUAAGAGAAGGUGUUUACAAACUUGUUUGCGUAGCAUCAAGACGUAAAGCAAGAGGACAGUGAGGGUAUUGCUUAUUGUCAUUCGACUGUAAACUUUUCAAGCAGACUGCAACAAUGAAGUCCCGCUAUUUAAAAUUGAGGAAGACAGAACGGGUUUUAUAAGGCAUUGACUGGUGUACCUGAUGUAACAUAGUAACAUCUUCACCAAAGCUCGCUGGAUCAUCCUCUGGACUCAAGGCUGUUCGUUCACACGCAAGAAACGUCGUUACCGCUGGAAUCCAGGAAGACACUGACGUCUGUUAGAAUGGGUGUCUGCACUAAGAUGUGGGCAGCGAGUGCUGUGGUGGUGUUGGCAGGAUCCUGCAUCCUAGCUCGACCGUCUGGUCCUGACAUCACUGACGAACACCGAGAAUCUCGGGCAGCCAGCGGAUUCAAGCUGUCAACUGGAAUCAGGCCUCAGGGAUAUGAAGACAAUCGCGGAAAUGGUGAACGCAAGACUCCUCUCCAUAUUACAUUCUCCGAUGGCAACAGACACGGGCCAGCAGCUAGAUCUGAGGAACAUCAUCAGGAAGAACAAUCUGGAGUUGGAGACAGCGGGACGAGGGCACUGAAACAUGCUGGACUAACUAAACAAGAACUAGAAAGUUCAUUUUUAUCAACGGCGCAUAAUAAGAGAGGAGAUGCCGAUGCUGGUAUAAGAGACGAACAUAUUCCAAUUUCCUUCUCAUUAACAAGCGAUUUAAACUCUAAGCCCGCAGCAGCCCAAAAUGAACAGGAUCGCAUGGGACUAAUUCAGAAUGUACAUGGAAAUAGUCCUGAAGAAAACUCGAGCAGUAGCGAUUCAAAAUCUAACAACAACUUCGACAAGUCGACGAAUACAGAUCUGACAAAGAUAACGAACAGCGCAUUGGAAGAUAAAGUAAAACCAUUAAACCGCGACGAUAAUACAACCAAAGAACAAAUAUUGACACCACAGGGGCACUUACUGAAAAUUCAAAAUAAGGGGGAAUUACAAAUGAAGUCUUAUUCACAGGCGAGUGAUGUCGAAGCUGGGACAUCUAGUGGUAGAGCAUUGUUAGCCAGCAGCACCAGGCAGUUAAUAAAUCCUUUCGAGAAUCCUAUUCUGACAUAUCUUACCAAACAACAAUCACUAGAAGACAGCAACAAUUCAGACACUACCUUAAGAAGGAACGAAGCCAACGCACCAGAAAACACCAAAGAUAAUAUAUCACAGAACAUCAAACGCGAAAUAUUUCACCAGCAAACUAUUAUCAACUCGAACCCGUAUCUUCGACAAUUCAUACAUCAUCAGAAUAACGAGCAGAAAACAAACCCUGCGUAUUAUCAAGUGCAAUAUCCAAUUUCACAGCAACAACAAUUUGGUUCAUUUCCCAACACACAGUUCUUAACUUACACAACACAAUCUGAGUUUCCUGGUAGCAUACCGCACAAAGGUGAAUUAUUUCAGGAACACGAUAAUCAAAAUAAGAUCGAUUUAGUCCGUGCGGAAGUACCACAAUUUUCUAGUAAUCCUGAAAGCGGGGGAAAUUUUGUAACUACUUUAACUUUAUACCCAGCCAUUGCAUCAGUCAUGUACACUACACCCACUGUAGGUUUCACAAGUACGUCCUCAGCCCCAUCACCUCCCAGCAUCUAUCCACCUCAGUCCAAUCCUCCGUACAUGCAAUCCUUUUCCGAAUAUCCAUCUCGCAGUGUCCCUUCGCUUUUGGACUUUCCAAAAACAAGAUUUAUUUACAACGGACCUCAAUAUUCUUCCAGAGUACAGUGGCCUUUUGCAGGGUAUUUCCCCAUCGUAAUCAAAGAUCCCUUCCUCAGUAUGUACAAUAUGCUCACGAAUAUGGUAGAAUAUGGACCAGAAGCCGAUGUGUGUAAAAAGACGAAGAGCUUUAGACAAGGGAGGAGCAGAUCCUUGUUGUCUGACAAUGACGAAUCCAUAACGAGGUCCGAUGAAGUAACCGCCGAAAAGGUCCUAAUUAUGGAAAAUGGAGGAUGGAGAGAAACUGGCAAGGAUGGAAAUCCACUCCAAAUGGAAAGAAAGAUGCCUGAGGACGUCACGACAGGAGACAAAGAAGAGAACAGAGGCGAGGAGAGGGAAAACAAGGACGACAGCCAGAACACAGAAGUCAUAAUGGAGACUGGCGGAAAAGGAAAUGGUGGUCCAUUUAUUACGCGGUUGAUGGUCAGAAAGGGUGGAGUCUCUAUAGCCGGACCAGGGGGCAUUGCUACUGCCGGUUCUGGGGGCACGGCUAUUGUGGGUCCCGGGGGGAUUGCCUACACUAGUCCAAAUGGGCUCGCUGUGGUCGGACCUGGAGGAAAGGUAGUGGGUCUUCCCAGUGGCGCCGACCUCUCCCUAGUAGCAAGCAAAGUAACUGCCUCCGACUCCAACAGCGAAGGUUCUACUCCGAGACUUUUAAACAUCCCAUCAGGUGGCAAAGUUGUUGCGACAGGGCCCGUCGUGUAUUUUCAUCCUUCUGAGUAACUCUUAUACCCAACAGGGGGCAGACGUGUGGUGACGCUCUUUAAAUUCCUUUCGUAUGAUUCCACAAAAUUCCGCUAGAUAGCAGAAUCAUACAAACCGGAUAGGAGGAGAUUCUUUUAUGAAGCGAGAUGGUGGAUAUGCUGUCUGGACACACAUCUGGAUUAAUGUAUACCACCAUUCUACUAACAAUUUACACUGAGCGGUGUUACAGAUAUAUCUUUUGGACAUGACUCUAGCUAUGGAAUAUAUCUACUGAUAUAAGAUGAGUGCUUUCACUUAAAAAUAUCAUAAUUUUGACACUUCUUAGUACGAUUACUUCAAAUAAAAUGCGCAUUACAAAUCAAUAAGUUAAACUGUUCCAGGUUCAUUCUUUUCGAAGGGAGAGGUUUAAAUUAUAACAGUAAUCCUUCUUGACAAUGUGAGGACAGUAGGUUAGUAUGCUGGCUGAGAACUUUCUCAUACUGAUGCUGGCAUUAUUAUAAUGUCUUGUUUUUCUCGUGACUUUAAAUACAGUAAGUUUUCUCUCUGAUUUCUUCAUUUUAAUCGUUGUAGAAUAUUAAAUACGAGUUAUCUGGUUAAUGAAUUGCAGGUAAAUUAGAAAAAUAAAAAUCGAUUCUCUUAUUUAUAUUGGUUAUAACCUCAGAUAUAAAACAUUAAUGAAUAAAUUGAAUCGACCCAAUUUAAAUGAACAACGUAAAACGUAGCUACGGUUUCCUUUAAAAAGCUUGGAACAUAUUGUUUUAAGUUAAUUAGUUCGUCUCUGUUACGGCGAUGCCAAGGCGUAGGACAAGAGUGGAAAACCUUUGUGUCUCCUGUGUGCCAUAAUAGAGCGACAAGCAAAUUUACCUUCACUUUACGGCCGCACUGAGGCAGAUAAUGCAAGAGGCUUUGCUUUCAAGUCGCUCUCGGCACUCGUGGCGUGUUUCCUAGGCACCGGGUUAUCCUAAUAUUUAUGUACUAUGCGGACACUGGUUCGAAACUUGCAAAUAUUUUUACUGUGGACACUUCUGCUUUCUUGUAAAUAAGCAGGUAAAAUACAGACAUUCUGAGACUAAUAACCCGAAACUAGGACCUUCAUUACCGUCUUCCAACCUGAUCGUCUUCAGAGAUAUAAGACAGAUAACUUUACAGAUAAGUUACCGAGCUCAGAGCACAGGUAUAUUAGGAUUUAUUAGGUAGGUGAAUCUCCUAAAACACAGCUAAAGCGAAUACGCGUUAGCUUAUGAUAUUCUUCACGAAGAAGAUAUUGGAACUAUAAGUUAUGGACCGGAUCGACUGUUUUAAAACAAGAAAGGCUGCUAAUAUGUAAUUUUGUUGAUUAUUUAAACGUGAAGUUGUACUAUAAUAUCAGGAAUUGCUUUCAAAAGUAUGCAUAUGGCAUUAAGUAAGAUUAAGCUCCAUUUCAGAUGGUCGCACGAGAAAAGGCUUCGUCUUUGGAAAACCAAUAUGUCCGACCUCCGACAGGAGCCAGUGAGGAGCGAAACGAAUAUGUAUAUGUGGACACAGAACCCGUAAACAUGAGUUGUUCGUAGGAAUAAAAGCCGAAUGAGUUUUAGGCUUGUGUGAAGAUGAACUCAUUGAGAAAGGAAACUCGGGAUAUACCAAUACAAUUUCACAAUGAGCCAAAAUAAAAAGGGGUCAAUAAUGGAUACACAAUUCCAAGCUAUGUAUUACUACAUAGUUUUAUUUAUUUAUUUAUUGACUUAUUUAUGUAUCUAUCUUUGGUGACGAAUGUAAUUAAAUAAUGUUUAAUUUAUGUAGGCUAAUUACAUUUUCGAACGUUGUAACAUCUCAAAAUUGUAUUAAUAAAGGCAGACAUUUUGAUUUGAGAUAAUCAUUAAAUCGUUUCACUUUUUUUAAUGUCCAAAGUAAAGUAAAUAUUAUGUGAAA